CAUGGCGCUGAGGGAACUCAAAGUGUGUUUGCUGGGGGACACAGGUGUAGGUAAAUCAAGUAUUGUAUGGCGGUUUGUGGAAGACAGUUUUGAUCCGAACAUCAACCCAACAAUAGGGGCAUCUUUUAUGACCAAGACUGUCCAGUACCAAAAUGAGCUACAUAAAUUCCUAAUCUGGGAUACAGCUGGACAAGAACGAUUUCGUGCCUUAGCACCAAUGUACUAUCGAGGGUCGGCUGCAGCUAUAAUCGUUUAUGAUAUCACAAAAGAAGAGACAUUUUCAACAUUAAAGAAUUGGGUGAAAGAGCUUCGACAGCAUGGCCCACCUAAUAUUGUAGUUGCCAUUGCAGGAAAUAAGUGUGAUCUUAUCGACGUAAGAGAAGUCAUGGAGAGAGAUGCUAAGGACUACGCCGACUCCAUUCAUGCAAUUUUUGUAGAGACCAGCGCAAAAAACGCGAUAAACAUAAAUGAACUCUUUAUAGAAAUUAGUCGAAGAAUUCCAUCCACUGAUGCCAGCCCGCCAUCUGGCGGUAAGGGCUUCAAACUCCGAAGACAGCCUUCAGAGCCAAAGCGAAGCUGCUGUUGACUGAGCCUCAGCCUCUCAGACUUGGUGAUGAAGUAGGUGGUCCUGAAAGUUACCAGGAAGGCUGGAGUCCUUGCCACCAGUUUUCGCCUAGCUGGUCUUGAGUCAUCUUUGUGCAAAAAGGACUCAUAGAAAUUGACGAGUUCUGUUCUCUCUUUGAAGACUGCAGCAAUGAUAUUUCUCAGUCUGUGGACUUCUAUUAUGUAAAGAAUCUCUGAUGUACAAAGGGCCUACGUCAUUGGCUUUUGACCUUGCUGGAAAGGAACGUAUAAUUGUAUGGAUGGUAAGAUUAACUUGUUGAGUAGUUUUGUAAUCAAGAUUUUAUGUAACAUUUGUAAAGGGAAAAUUAGCACUUUCGUGGUUCUUGAGGGAAAAAAAGACCUUGUGGAGAUUAUAAUUUCCUUGGUUUCCCAUUACCACUGUUAGAAGUAGUUGUAUCAUUUAAAAUGUAGUAAGAUAUCAUAAGUGGAGGCAUGGCAAUUAUUAUUUGAAGCUAAAAUGGGUUAUCUAUAGGACUGAUGGAAACAAUUUCAUCUCUGCCAUUUCUAAAGCACUUUUCAUUGAAUAUAUGAGUCUAGGAUACAUACUGUAAAUUAACAACAAUAACAGCAGAUGCCUCGCUCACCCUGGAUUUGCUUCUGGCUCUGUCAUAUGAGUAUGUCACCAAACACAUUAUUGGCACCUUUUUUAAAUAAGCUAUCAUGAUCAAGAUGGUGGUGGUAGAGAAGCUGUCUGGAAUAAAUUGAAUUCCAUGUGUUCUAAACUGACUGGCAAUGGUUUAAAAAGGAGGAAGAAGAAAGAGAAAGUAUAGAAAGUGGUGUAAAUGCUGUCAAUUUUUUUAUUUAAUCCAAGUAUCUUGGUGGAGAAAAACAAGUAUCUGUUGCUUAGCAUAUGUAAAGUUGUAGUCUAUAUUUAUGAGACUUUUGCUUAAAGAUUAUAAAUUAUGUAAAUACAUUAAUAAAUUCUAAGUUUCAUUCAACAGUCCAUCUAAUCUUGCACCCAGUCUUGCAUAUGCCCACUCAUUUUUCAGCCUGUCCUCGGGAGACUCUGAAGCACAUUUAUGUUGUGCAUAGGCAUAGAGCAUUUAGCUUGCAGUCUCUAAAGAUUUCUCUGCCUUCCCUUCCACCCACCCCUCUUCCCUCCAAAUCCCAUCUGGAAAUCAUAAUAAAGACAUAUGCCGCUUUGA